GUAUGAGGGUGCUGGUAGAUGCUCGGGAGAAGCUGCAUAUUCCGUGGGGAGAUAACUCAAACCAAGUCAAUGGAGACAAGAUGAUGGCAUUUGAUACGCGGUCCUCCAUGGCGGCCCAGGGAAUGGUGGAAACGCGAGUGUUUUUACAGUAUCUCCCUGUUAUACGAGCGUUAUGGGCGGACAGCGGCAUACAGAAUGCCUAUGACCGGCGUCGAGAAUUUCAACUGGGUGAAUCUGUAAAAUAUUUCCUGGAUAACUUGGAUAAACUUGGAGAAGCAGAUUACAUCCCAUCACAGCAAGAUAUUCUGCUGGCCAGGAGACCCACCAAAGGCAUUCAUGAGUACGACUUUGAAAUUAAAAAUGUUCCUUUCAAGAUGGUCGACGUAGGGGGUCAGAGGUCAGAAAGAAAGCGUUGGUUUGAGUGCUUUGACAGCGUGACAUCCAUACUUUUCCUUGUUUCCUCAAGUGAAUUCGACCAGGUGCUUAUGGAAGACCGACUGACCAACCGCCUGACGGAGUCUCUGAACAUUUUCGAAACGAUCGUCAAUAACCGGGUUUUCAGCAACGUGUCCAUAAUCCUCUUCUUAAACAAGACAGACUUGCUUGAGGAGAAAGUGCAGAUUGUGAGCAUCAAAGACUAUUUCUUAGAAUUUGAAGGGGAUCCCCACUGCUUAAGAGACGUCCAAAAAUUCCUGGUGGAAUGCUUCCGGAACAAGCGGCGGGACCAGCAGCAGAAGCCCUUGUACCACCACUUCACCACCGCCAUCAACACGGAGAACAUCCGCCUGGUCUUCCGCGACGUCAAGGAUACGAUUCUUCACGACAACCUCAAGCAGCUCAUGCUCCAGUGACGCACGGAAGACUGGCCGCCUUCACGCCCUCUGACCUGAUUGUCCUCUGUGUGUUUUGUUUUUUUAACAUAGCAGUUUACAGCAGGAAUUAGAAAAGUCUUGAUUCUAAGUUUAACUUCUUGGAAGCCUUAGUCGUCCUCCCUGUGGACCUCGGUGUGUGGCGGAAAGCUGCCGAGUCGCACCUGCUGGUCCCCGUUGAAGCCCAGCCUCUGCUCUGUUUCCCUGCAGCCUCCACUCGAGGGGGGAGGGCGUAGCCUCCGGCCGGGCCUCUGACCAGGUACAGCUCAGGCUUUAGCUGCUUCCCUCUUCCAGCCAAAUUCUCCCGUAGUGCCAAGUAGAGAAGGUGCCCUUGACUGUGUGUCGGGAUGAGGUUCAGAGCAUUCGGUUCUCAAACAAGCAGGACCCCUUUCUGUCUGCCCUGCACGCGGCAGCGACCCCUGUGCCGAGCCCUGCGGUGACCUGCUCCCAGGGCUGCCGUUGGGGACACGUUCGAUGGAAGGAUUGGCAGUCUGUGGAUGUCUGCACGGUUAGCCUUCGUGGGUUUUUUUUAAUUGCUUACAUACCCAGCAGUUGUCUCGUUUUAAAAUUUCUGUAGUUUCUCAAGGUAAUGUUCUUAGUGUCUUAAAGUUUACAUAAGGAUUCCUGGUCUGAUGCUAAUGAAAGUUCAUGAAUGGUACGGGGCAGGGGGCGGAGAGCAAGCAAAUGCCUUACAUAGUGUUUUGAUCCAAAGCAGUGAAUGAAAUAUGACUUGCCCUUUUCUUCAUAUUUAAAUAUCCUGUCAUGAAUGUGCUGGACGUGAAAUGCUCUGGCCAAGCAGCAGCUGAAAAUGGCAGAGGGCUUGAUAAGGGAGCUUUCUAGAGAAACCUGGCCUCGCCAGGGUGUUCUGUGCUUUUACCUCUCAGACUCUGCCGUCCUGUCCCAGGACUCGGGUCCUCCCUGCAGGGGAGCGCUGUGGUGACCGCCACAGACCUCCUUCCUUGGCCCUCCUGCCUCUUCCCAUCCGCCCCAGACGGGCAUUUGUGGGAGGUUGUGCUUAUUCGGAAGUUGCCAAGGGCAGGAUUUCGUGUCCAGCGCUCGAGAAGGCGCUGAGACUCCUGCUCGCUCUCGGUGGCGCUCUGAAAGGUGCGGCGCGCACACGCUUGUGUCGCUAUUGCUUAUGGACUUCUAGCUUUACCGAGGUACAUUUGGAAUGUUCUAGGGCUGCUUCUAAGAAUAGGUAGCCGGUUUUUUUUAGUUCACAUUUGAUCUCUCCCCGCCCCUUAAGGACAUGCCAGCGCACCCCUGAAGCGGCUGCGUGCUGACCAGUGUGAUCAUCCCAGACUCCCGGGACUCUGGAGGGGCCUGCCCGGUAGGCUGCGGGCUGUCAGACCGGGAGGAGAGAGGCAGGUGCCCGAGGCUGGCAGCUGUUUGGAAAGUCCAACGGCUUUUCUCUGUUUCUUGAAAAUUGUUGACUAAAACGGUGAUCUCUGUCACGUUACUGUAGAGCCGUGUUCUCAGGUGUUCGCUUGGCUAGAAGGUCCUUGAAAGAUGGGUGAGCGCGAUGGAUCACGCAGCCUUUCCAAGACCAUGGCUUUUGGUCCGUCUGCUGCCCAGUGUGAGAGCGGGGCUUCCCCAGGAGCGAGCCAGGGACCGUCCGGACCGGUCCUGAGCCCUCCUGCGUUUCCACCGCCCUUUUACCGGUGGUAGCCUCCGUGUCCCCAUGCCUCGGUGACACAAGAGCCCCAGAGGCGCUGCGGUGCGAGCGGUCGUGGCGCACAGGUCAUCACGCACGAGUCGUCCCGCAGCCAGGGCUUCUUGCCGGCGAGAACGUGGUGUCUCAGUUCACAGAAUAGGCCCCGCUUCAGCGCUGGUGGCUGUCUGAGCGUGUGCACAGUCACCUCAGGACUCGCUGCUGCAGAGUCUGUGUGCAAAGUUUGCCAAAACCGUUUAACUCUAGUGAAGGCGAAGGUCAAGUUCCCAGUAAAAGAGGAAACUCCGUCUCAUUUAAGUUCUGUUGAAGACCUGCGUGGACCGCGCCCAGUGCCCGUCGAUGCGGCAGCCCCCUGGCCCCCUCACCCCCUCCUGACUUCCACCAGUGUCAGAACGCCCCAUCGAUGAUGGUAUUGUUCUGUGCGUUUGUGAUUUUUCCUUCCCGAUGUGCCGCCUCAGAUGCCUCCACAUUCUUUACAAGUAAAAUCGCGGCCACAUCCUGAGGCCGCAGGUUACACCUGUGUUUAACGGCAGGCUCGAGUAGACGGGGGAGGUGAGGCCCGGUCUGAAGGCUUUAGUUCAGCUUUUUAAAAACCAUCUGAAGGAGUCUCAACCUGUAUCCUGACACCGAGGUCCUUGUGAAAUACCACUCUGUGAAGAAGGGAAGAGAGUUCGUACCAAACUGACAGGGCGCUGCCAGUUUCCGCUCAGAGUAGCGUCCAGUGUUUUUGGUGCGCUGGCUUUUGAGAGUCUUAAUGGUUAUGAUUUGGAAUAGAAUGUGCCUGAUCCUCUAUUACAUUGUGUUCUUUGAAUCCGAGUGUCUUCUCAUUUGAUUCUUAACCGUGUCACACAAGUGUCCUCACCGGCCUCAAAGAACUGCAGAGCUUACAGAGUUGCCUUAUAAAUCAAAGAACACCCAACAUCUGGACCUUGAUUUUUAUAGGGAAAGGGUUUUGUCAAAUGUUUUCUAAGAGCCACAUAAGUUAAGGCUUGCCUCCGCCACUUAAAUAUUAUUUUUUCAUAACCUGAAUCCUUGCUUUCUGCCAAAUAGUGUAUGAAUUCAAAGUGUCCACGUGAGUAUUCCCGCCUGGAAAAGGCGCUUUGGUUAAGAGAGUGGCUUUGGUUAAGAGAGACUUGAUCUCGCAGGUGGGGUGUCUAGGGAGCCCCCCCCCCGUCACCCACUGGCGGGGGCCGGCUCAAAGCAGGAGGAAGUAGGAGGCGCGGGUGCCAGAAAUGACUCGGAAUGUCGAUUCGGAUGCAACAGAAAUCAUGUGCCCCCCCCCUUUUUUUUGGUAAGAGAAUGAAUAAAUCUUAACCUCCAGCGUAUACCCAAAUACUUGUAUUUAUGCUUUUGAUAAGAUGUAUUUUCAGCAUUAGUCCACAUAACCGGUUAUGCCUUAUUUAUGUGAAGAAGAAAGCUACCAAGUUCUGUUCUGUUCUGUUCUGAGAUCCCAGUCACUCUCUGAGAAGGCCUCAAAUUGGUGCUUUCAUUAUGUAAUGAUACAUUUGGACAAAACCCCAAACCAAGCCAUUUGAAACAAGGUUUUCUCCGUUGCAAUUUGUAGCAAUGCCGUUCCUGCAUCUGUAAUGAGAAGCCUAAAUAUCAGUGUUCACUCUGAAUUUCUUGUCUGAAUCCAUGAAAUCUUGUCUGUAAAGCUCAGUCAAACAUUUGUAACAAACUGCCCAAUAAAUCUAGAGAAAGACGCUCUGCCAGCCUUUUUACUGCCUUUGGUUUUAUUUAAGGAAUCGAGCAGAAGCUUUGCCAUGUCUUUUUCAGUUCCAAGGGUGACUUGGCCCAGGGGUCACUUUGUGUCGCCCUCCUGUCAUUUCACCGUGCGCGGUUCCGUUGUGCUGCUGCCUCAGGAGGGACUGAUUUUCCUGUCGUGACAGGAUACGGGCUGGCCUUCCGGCCGGGUGAACACGAGGAAGGGGGGACGGAUGAGACCCGGGGCGGGUGGCCCGAGGCUCCAAACACGGCAAACGGUAUGAUGCACACCCAUUAUUUCAGGUACGAGGUUAGGGCUUGAUGAAUUUAUACUAGGGAGUGAAGUGUGAGUCUCAGCCUGAACGCUUGAAGCGGGUGGGACUCUGGCCCUUCCAAGUCCCAUUGAGGCGAUGUUAGCGUUAGGCCGGUGAGUGAUUACCGACAUCACGGGAAGUACCGUGCUGGCCCCGGCCUCGUUCUUGCGUCUUUCCUUGGAUGCGCAGACGGCAUCGAAGCAGAUGUGUGCAUCCUUGUGGCACCCAGGUCUAAGCCAUCUGACCCCGAAUGCCAGAGCUCACAGGGAACCAAAAUAGUUAAGGGUUGGGCAGCGUUUUCUGGGUUGCUGGGAGGUUCGGGACUCUCCAAAUUGAUAAUAAAAAUUUCCCGAUGGAUGGAAGUAUUCAAGGACCCACUGUGCAUGAAGUUUCAGUCUGUGGAUGUCAUGAGAGAAAUACACCCCUUCCUUGGUAUCUGACUUGGGUUUUUAUUCCAAAAGCUUGUAUAUGACGUUUCUUGCCAUAAGUGAUACAUUUGUCCUCAGUUACGCCUGUUCGAUGGGACCAAGGGGGAAACACGGGGAGCGGGAAGGGGUUAAUUCUUGGCAAAGUAUAUGUAACAAUGCAACCAACUAUACCAUUUACCCUCUCCUUACCUCUUACUUGAAGGCAGAAUGGCAAAAUGUAUUAAGUGGCUUUUCUGUACUAUUCUCCCGUGAUGAGGGCUCAUUGACCACAGAAGCCUUAUCAAAAAGUAUAUUUUGUAACAACCUCACAGAUCCUGUACCCAACGAAACAUGAUUUGUAUUAGCUUUGUAUAAAAGUAUUUGUGGCUUAGGACUUUUUAUACAUAUGAUAUCUUUUUAUAACUUUCCAGGAACUAAUAAGCACGUUAUCUGAUGCUGUUGUAAAUUUUUUUCUGUCCGUGCUUUAGUUCAAAGAUCGGCAAUAAAUUAUUUCUAAAGGA